UCAAUAAAGUGCAGCUUGUCGCGAGUGAGUGCUUAUUUAUAUAGGUAACUCGUAAAAUUAUUUGUAGACAGCAGCACAAAAUGAGGAUAUUUGAAAAAAAGAAAACGAUGGAAAAUGAGGACACUCAUAUUAGAGAUCAUGGAACUUCAAAUCAUGCUUAUUCAAAUCACGGCUACGAACCCUCGAAAAAAUCACCAAACAUUAAAACAUCGACGCAGUUAGAACCAGAUGACGGACAUGGACAUGAGCAUAAACCAGAGAGAAAAACUAGUAUCUAUCACAAGAAACAUUUUGAUAAUAAUUUGCUUGGUCACAAAUUAUCCGUUGUAACUAUGAAUUCAAAUGUAUCUCAUUUAUCUUCAAAUACUCCACACGACGACAAUACAUCUUGGUGGUACAAUGUUUGCCUAAAAUUUAAUUCCGACGACGAAGGAAAGACACCAUGGCAGCCAGACAUGUGGAAAAAGAUCUGUCCUCAACCUUAUUGUUUAUCUUAUCGAAAAGCGACUAGAAUUACAUCUAUAACAUUUAUAGGUGUAUUAUGUUGGUCGGUUUUGUACGCUAUAGUGGGAGACAGUGCAGCGCCUCCCAAAGGCCAAUUAUUUCAAUUAAUUCUUCUUAGUAUAUCCGCACAUUUUGGAGGAUGGCUAUUUGGUUUGACCACUUUACCAGCCCUGGUUGGUAUGUUGUUUACUGGAAUAGCGAUGCAGAAUUUAAAUAUCGUAAAUAUAGAUUCAUCGUUUUCUGGUAUAAACAAACAAUUGAGUGAUGUUGCACUUGUGAUAAUCCUUACCAGAGCCGGUUUAGAUCUAGAUCCAAUAGCUGUAAAACGACUAAAGUUUUCAGUAUUAAAACUUUCAAUUAUCCCGUGGGGUGUGGAAGCUGGAUUGACUGUUGUUUUAUCAAGAUAUUUAAUGGGCAUUGGAUGGAAAUACGCUGUACUGUUAGGUAGCAUUAUAGCAGCAGUUGCCCCGGCUGUGGUCGUACCUUGUCUUUUUAGGCUGCGUACGAAAGGUUAUGGUGUCGUUAAAGGUAUACCAACACUCAUCAUAGCUGUAGCCAGCAUUGACGAUGCACUUUCAGUAGCUAUUUUUGGAGUAGUGAAGGGAAUCAUCUUUAAUGGCUCUAGCGUCACCAAUGGAAUACUGUUUGGAAUCUUAUCGAUAUUAGCAGGUAUUGGAAUUGGGAUCAUCUGGGGCUUCUUCUGCAAUGUGACUCCAGAAAGAAACGAUCCUUUCGUUGCCCCUUUAAGAAUUCUUCUGCUUCUAACAGGUGGUCUAGGUGGAGUCUUUAUCAGCGAACACAUUGGCUACGGAGGAGCCGGACCUCUAAUCUGCGUCACAGCAGCUUUUGUGGCCUUAGCAAACUGGUCUAAACAAGGAUGGGAUAUCGAAGACAACCCAGCAGCUCUAGCAUUUGAAAUUUUCUGGAUGAUAUUCCAGCCGAUACUGUUCGGAAUCACUGGAUCUAGGAUUAAAAUAAAUGAAAUGAAUGGGGACAUUGUACUGAUGUGUUUGGGAAUUUUAGCAGUUGUUGUAGUGACGAGAAUAUGUAUAACUAUUAUUGCAGGGAUUGGUUGUAAUAUGAAUUUGAAGGAGAAGAUUUUUGUAGCUAUGUCGUGGAUCAGUAAAGGAAUCGUACAGGCAGCACUGGGUCCUGUAGCUCUUUCCUUAUUGGAAGGUAAAGAUAAUGAUCCAGAUGUAACAGCUGCACGAAGAAUAAUGAAUUGUUGUAUUUUAUCGAUAAUCAUAACUGCCCCAACUGGCGCUCUUCUUACAACGAUACUGGGCCCUGUACUUUUAACUAAAGAAAAAAUAAUUCCUCCAGUUGAGAUGAGAGCGAGAAAAAAGAGCAGAAGGCAGUCGUUCUUAAGUCCAGAUUUGUUGGUUAAGGAAGAGGACAAGGCUGAAAACAGGGAGUACCAUAAUCAGAGUCAUAUCACAGAAGUUAUUUUAGAAGAGGAUAAUGAAAGUCCUAAACUUUGAAGACUGUCAAAUCUUUGGGUUACCAAAAAAUAUGUGCAUCGAUUGAUACUGACUUUCCUAUAAACACGAAAAGAUAUUUAUUUAUUUUUCCUGUCUGUAGUUACAUUUUCUGAAAUUGCUCGAAAAAUUCAUGUGCUAGCUUAUUUAAUAAAGUAGGGAAACGUAACUAACAGAGUGACAUUUUUGUCAUUUUGAAGACUAAAUUUUAUACGAAAUAAAGGAUUACAAUAAGUAUAUCACUAACAAUGUAAUCAUUACUUGACUAAUAGCUGAUAAUCAUAAUUAUUGGUACAUUUGGAUGGUGUUAUGCAGCAUGGUGAUCCAAAAAGCCCCUAGUGGGGCUAAGCGACUGUUGCUCUCUAGAUCCAUAUUUUGGGUAAAUCUUUCACAGUUUCUUGAAUAAUAAUCUUUGUUUCAUCGUUUUCAUCUAUUCCGUACUUUUUCUUGCCAAGUAUUAAGUACAGCCUUGCGUAGAUCUUCUUUCACUUCUUUUAGCCAUCUUGAUCUGGACCUUCUACGUGUUCUUCUUCCUUGUGGGUCCCAUUGUAAUAUUAAAUAAACCAAUGUUCCAUUUCCUUCUUUCCAAACGGGUCCUAUCUUUGGACUGCUUUAUAUUUGUUAUGCCUUCGUUUAGCUAUUAUUUAUUUAUUUGUUUGUUCUAAUUCUGUACUUUUCUUCUGUGGUUUUAUUUGGUUCCAAUAUUACUGGCAUAAUUUUUCUUUCCAUAAUUCUUACAGUAAUAUAUUGAUCUGUAAUUUGCUUUUAAAUAAUUUUUUGUUUGCGUGGAAGGCUUUAUUUGCAAUGACUAUUUUUCUGCUUAUUCAAGUUUCUUGUCUUGGGGGAAUGGGUGACUCAGUGGUAGAGUCUCUGUUCGCGGAUCCAAGGGUCCCAGGUUCGAAUCCCACCGUUGGCCGGGAUUUUUAUUUAAUUAAAUAAUUUAAAAUUAAUUCUGAUGCCUUGGUAGGAUUCCCCACUCGACCAUUCACUGUUGGGUUUUAAUUUACAGUGCUGUUCCUAAAGUGGCACAAGGAAACAUUAACAAGGUCUGUCUGUAGGGGAUGUAGGAGUAUUAAAGUACUAAUACUCCUGCACUAUGGAGUAAAGGAGUAUUAUACUACUAGUGCAAUCCAUAACCUACAUAGAACACGAGGCUAGUGACCUUAUAUGUUGAAGCCAAAGACACCAAUAAAAAAAAGUUUCUUGUCUCCUAUUCUAGCUAUUGCAAUUACCAAAUUUUGUAACUUCCAC